CUUCUGGAAGAUGGUGUUGAUAUACUUGAUGAAGAGACAAAAAGUAGAGUAACAAACACCAUGUUAGCUCGAUCUAACAAAUCGGCAAGGUCAGUUAAGUCCAAAUACUCUGCUGAUGUUGCAGCGGACGAAACAUCUGAGUGUUCAAUCCAGUCACAGGCUUCUGCGGAGAGACCACUCAGUGCUUUGUCUGCAAAAUCAACAAAAUCGCAAGUUUCUGGGAAAUCUACAAAAUCUGAUGUUUCUGGAAUGUGUGCCAAAGAUGUUGGAGAGGAAGAUGUUGAGAGAUCACACAGUGAGAUGUCAGCUAAAUCUGCAAUGUCUUCUCUUUCGACAAAGUCCAAAGUAUCUAAUAUUUCAGCUAAUGGCCAUUAUCAUCAAGAGAGGGUGUCAAGCAGCAGGUCAGUCAGAUCAGAAAGAUAUGCAGAAACAAAUGUUUCAGCAAAAUCUAAGUCCAUUAAGGACAGUCCAUCUGAUCACAGGAUGGAUUCUCCCGGAGAAAAACUAUGUGAUAGCAGAUCAAUAAGCUCACUAUCAGUUUUAUCAAGUGUUUCAGCGCGGUCAAGUAAGUCCAAAUGUUCAACGGAAGUUCUAGUUGAACAAUGCAGGCCUAAGUCACAUGCUUCUGAUGCAUCAUCAAAAUCCAACGUGUCGGAAGUUCUCGCUAGAGAAACCUCAAGUAGAGCAGAGAGUAAAGUGUCUGCCAAAUCCACAAAGUCGAACAAAUCAAAAGUCUCAGCUGACAAAAAUACUUCUUGUCAUGAGCCAGUUGAAAGAGCUUUGAGUAACUUGUCCAUCAAAUCAGCGAUAUCUGCAAGGACAAGUGUCUCUGGAGUGUCUAGAGAUGUUUCUAAACUGACUCGCGAACACAGCGUUGAAAUCUCUGAAAUGGAGAGUGAAGCACAAGGGAGUUCAAGGCAGUCAGUCGAGUCAGGUACAUUAGCAAGAGUCAUAGGUUGCAAGACUGAAGAAAGUACUGAAUGUGCAGUUGAUAAUGGGGACAAGGAGCAACUGGAAGCUAAAGAAUCAUUCCAAUCACAAGAUUCUGGUGUGACUGGAGGUGUUUCUAUGCAAAGAGCUGCUAGCUCUUUUUCAGCCAGCUCUACAAAGACAAAGUCUUCAGGCCUCUCUAUGUUAAAUAAAAACAAUGAGAAUCAUGAUGAAGUAUCACAAAUAAGAUCAGCAUCCGUCAAAUCAACCAAGACAAACACAUCUGUCUCAUCAAGAGCAACAUCUGAGGUUCCUUCAGAAGCAAACGCUACAAACGGGGUGGAAACUGAGCAGAGGCCGGUGAGCGCUAAAUCAGCCAGAUCUGCCAAAUCAGCACAAUCAAACACUUCAGCAACAUCUUCGAAUAUACUGCAUGAAAACAAUGACGAGAAUAUAGAGAAAGCACCAAGUAGUUUUUCUGUAAAAUCAACUAAAUCCAGGAUAUCAAAUUCCUCAGCAGCAUCAAAGAAGUCAGAAGCUGCUGCAGAUGAUGCUAAUAUUGAUGCCACUAAAAUCAAAUCAGAUGAAUCAGCAAAGUCUGUUGUGUCUGAAAAAAUUGAAUUGAAAAAAGGUUGUGAAAAAUGUAAAACCCCAAGUGUGAUGACUAUCAAAUCAGAUAUAUCUUUAAAAUCAAGGACAUCAAAUAUAUCUGAAAUGCCUGAUCAGGAUGUUAAUGGAAUCAGCGGCACUCCAAGUGUUUUGUCCGUCAAAUCAAAUGUGUCUUCAAGAACCAGAAUGUCUGAAGUAGCCCUGAGCGAACAGGCUGAUAGAAGAACCGACAGUGUGAUGUCCAGUGUAUCUGUGAAAUCCAAGAAUUCAGAAGUUCCUGCUGUGGCGGUUGAGGACUCGGAAGACCGAGCACCCACAGGUAUGUCAUCCAAGUCCAAAAGGUCAGCUACAUCUCUGGGAAGAAAAAGCCGGGGGAAGGGACAACAGUCUCUAUCUGUUAAAUCUGUAAGAUCCAAGAAAACUGAAGCUGAUGACAACCAGCAAACCAGCAAAGAUGCAAGCUCUGAGAGACUACCGAAUGGGCCUGCAGACAAAAGUGUCAAAGAGAAUAUGGAUACUGAUGAUGUAGCGAUAGUUCCAUCAAAUUUGCCAAAUGCUUCUCUAACUGAGGUUGUUAGCGAAUGGCUUAAAACCAUACCAGCUGACGGCGAACUGUGCGACUUGGAGGAGUUUGACGAAAACUGUGACACACUCAAAAGCGGCACAGUGGUCGAUGAACCCAAUGAUGACAAAGCAGUUGAGAAUGUAAACAAACCAAAUGAUUUGAACGAUGUUUCUGGAGAUGAACAUCAUAAAGACACGGAUAUAUCAAAUGCAGAUUGUGGAGAUAAUGACCCCAAGAUAUUUUACUCUUCUGUGCAAGUGAUGAAAGUCCUUCUCAAUCCAAAACUGGACAGAUGCAAUAGUUUACCUGAGGUUUCUCCUGCAUAUGGACGCAAAUUAAGCACUUCAGCCAGAGGUUUCUUGGAUUGCCUUGUGAAGUUGCAGUUAAUAGACCACGAUCCCAAGAACACAGAUGAAAAAUGUGAACGAUACAAAGCACUGAUGGAGAUUCUUCAAUCCCUUUGGCUGUGCGACUCCUUAGACCAUGAACCUUUGUUAGCAAAGGACCGCCAUUCUGAUGAAGAGUUUAAUCACACGUCCUCUUCUGGCGUAGAUGUCAAUAGUGGCUCCACAGGUUCUGGAAAGAGCAGCGACGGAGCGAAUGGUAAUCAAGCACAAACUGUUGCAGAUGCAUUUGGCAAAGCACAGGAAGUCAACAGGUAUGAAGAAACAGGCAGAGGAGAGGAGGAAUUACCUCAGGGAAACCAAAAGGGAGACCGAUUAACAGAUGAGACCAUUAGAAGUAAUGAUAGCUCAAGAGAGAUGUCUGAAAGCCCACUCUCCUCAGGCAAUGGUCAGAGGUGUGAUACAGGCUCCAUGUCUGAGAGUCCGGUCCAAUCCAGUAAACGUAUUUGUCAAGACCCUGAUCCUGUUUGGGUCCUGAGUUUACUAAACAAAAUAGAGAAGCAGUUUAUGACUCAUUACAUUAAUGCAAUGAGUGAGUUCAAAGACCAGUGGAAAAUGAACGAUAAUGAUCAGCUGGACAGAAUGAUAGGAGAAAUUAAAAAUGUGAUUGAAACACGCAUUCAAACUAGCAUACACAGAGAGCUGGGCAAGAUCAAAGGUCGAACAGGCCUACCAAGACCUCCGAAAGAAACAAAGUCCAGGCCUUCAACGACCCAGACGGACGAAAGGAGACGAAAGCUUAAGAUGAAAGCCAAACAGUCAUUUGAACCACAGUCAGGAAAAAGCAAUGAUUCGGCUAUGAGCACAGUUUACAGCGAUCAGCGUGAAGAAACCGAGGAUGAAAGCUGUCCAUGCGAAUCGUGCGAUAAGAAAAAAAUGGCACAGACGACUCCAUUGCUUGGGGAAAUUAUGAGUACUGUCCCUGUUUUAAUGGACUUUGAUCUGAAGAGAAUUCUUCAGGUGAAGAAUGAUGAUACUACAGACAACUCUUCACCUAAUAAUGAAACCAAAGAAGCAGCAACGCUUAUCGGACAGAUUCUGGAGAACGCCGUAAAGGAGAUGGAGGAAGAUAAAAAAGACGUAGACAAGGCAUUGGUCGGAACUGAGGGUGAGAUCACAGGUGGAAAGGUUUCUGAAGCUGAAGAUGAAGAAGAAGCCACCCUAAGUGAGGACCAAAUUGAAGCUCCAGUUGAAGAUAAUUUCACCACUAAUGCUGAUAUGCCGCUAGAAGAAGUGGGGGAAGCAUGUAAAGUUAAGACUGUCAUUUUAGCUGAAGAUACGUCUGCUAUCAGUGGACCGGAGAAAGAUGAUGCCGCCACCGUGAAGGACUCAAAUGCAAACACUGACAAUAAGAUUUCUACAGAAGAAGAGAUGUUGGCUGACGAAGUUAGAACUGAGAGGGAUGAAGAAGGGCUAGGAGAUGGUGAAGAGGAGACACUUGCCACCAGUGGAAAUGAGAAUAAUGAUGCAGCCUCCAUGAAGGACUCCAAUGAGUGUGUAGAAAUUGAUGAUGAGGUUUCUGCAGAAGAGAUGAUAACUGGGGAAGCUGCUGUAAACAUAAUAUCUGAAGAUGAAGAUGAAGAAGUUAAAGCCGAUGGUGAUAAAGAAAUACCUGCUACCUGUGAAGAUGUGGAGGAUGAGGCCGCCACUGAGAAUGAGGAUGCAAAUGCUGCUGCUGAGGUGACAGCCACAAGUGAACAUGAAUGUGAAGAAGAUGCAGAAUGGGGGGAUGUUGGUAAAGAGCAAAUGCCUUCUGCCAAUGGAGAAGAGAACUAUGAUGUUGCUGAGAAUGAUGAUGCAGUUUAUGAGGUUCCCAAUGCUGCAGAAAAUGAGACGAUAGAGGGAGCCAUCAUGGAAGAAGAUGAACAAGUAGCACAAAAUACCAUCAGUGGUGUAGAGGACUGUCCCGCUACCAGUGGAGAUGAGAAUAACGAUGCAGUGACUGAUGACAAGGUCGUUGCAAAUGAUGAGAUGAUGAGGGAAGAGGUUGAGGAAACAGCUGAAGCUGAAGAUAAAGUUCAUGGGCAAGUAGUGGCCAUGACAGAUAAAGAAAUGAGAGUCUGUGGUCAAGAAGAGAAUCCAGCUGCUAGUGGGAAUGAGAACGAUGAGGCAGCCACUGCAUAUGACAAUAUAAAUGCUGUCAGUGAAGUUGUUGUGGAAGAUCAGAUGAUAUGUCAAGAGGUUACUGAAACUGAAAAUGCAGCACUCGGAGAUGCCAUAAUAGCUGCCAGUGAACAGGAACCUGAAGAAAAUGAGGAAGAAAAAUCUUCUGCUACCAGUGGAGGAGAGAAUGAGGACUCAGUCACUGAGAAUGAGAUCACAAAUGCUGAUGAUGAUGUUGCUGCAGAAGAUGAGAAGAUGAGUGAAGACGGUGCUGUAAGUGAUGAUAAAGAUGAAGAAGCAAGAAUCAGUGGUGAAGAAGAGCCUCAUGCCAUCAAUGGGGAUGGAAACAAUGAUGUUGAUUCUGAGAAUGACAACAAAAAUGAUGAGGUUGCUGCAGAAGAUGAGAUUAUAGGUGAGGAGGUUGUCAAAGCAGCUGAAGUCAAUGAAGCAGCACAAGAUGAUGAUGGACCUGAGAAAGAUGAAGAAGAGAAAGUGAGUGCUGAAGAAGACAUUCCUGCCACCAGUGGGGAUGAGAAUGCAGCCACUGAUAGUGAUAAUAAUGAUGCAGAAAAUGAGAAGAUGAACGAAGAAGUUGCUGAAACAGUAGAAGAAGCAGCAGAAGAGACCACCAUGAUAGCUUCAAAUGAGGAUGAAUCUGAAAAAGAGGAAGUUCCUCGUGAUGAGGAGACUCAUGUCACUGGUGGAGAUGACAAUGAUGAUGCCGCCAAUGAUAAUGAUGAUGUUGCUGCAACUGAUGAGAAGUUGAGAGAAGAGGUAAGAGAAACAGCAGCAGAAGAAGAAGAAUCGACCACCAUAAUAGUUACAAAUGAGGAGACUCCUGUCACUAGUGGAGAUGAGAAUGAGGAUGCCGCCACUGAUGAUGAGGUUGCUGCAGAAGAUGAGAAGAUGAGAAAAGAGGCAAUUGAAACCUUAGAAGAAGAAGCAGAAGAGACCACCGUAAUGGCUACAGAUGAGGAGACUCUUGUCACUAGUGGAGAUGAGAAUGAGGAUGCCUCCACUGAUGAUGAGGUUGCUGUAAAAGAUGAGAAGACAAGUGAAGAGGAUGCUGAAACAGCAGAAGAUGAAGAUGCAGCACGGGAGGUCACCAUAGUAGAAGAUGAUAAAGAAGAUAGAGAAAGCGGAGAAGAAGAGACUCCUUUCACUAGUGGAGAUGAGAAUGAGGAUGCAGCCAAUGAUGAUGAUGUUGCUGCAGAAGAUGAGAAUAUGAGUAAUGAGAUAGUCGAAACAGCAGAAGAAGAAGCAAAAGAGACCAUCAUGAUGGCCACAAAUGAUGAAUCUGAGAAAGAAGAUGUCCCUAGUGAUGAGGAGACUCCUGUCACAAGAGGAGAUGAGAAUACAGAUACCACCAAUGAUGAUGAUGUUUCUGCGGAAGAUGAGAAGACAAGUGAAGAAGUAACCGAAACAGCAGAAGAAGAAGCAGAAAACACCACCAUGAUGGCCACAACUGAGGGUGGACCUGAGAAAGAGGAAGAAGAAGAAAGGGAGACUCCUAUCACUAGUGGAGAUGAGAAUGAGGAUGAUGAUGAUGUUGCUGAAGAAGAUGAGAGUCUGAGUAAAGAGGUACCCGAAACAGCAGAAGAAGAAGCAGAAGACACCACCAUGAUCACCACAAAUGAGGGUGGAUCUGAGAAAGAGGAAGACGAAGAAAGGGAGACUCCUAUCACUAGUGGCAAUGAGAAUGAGGAUGAUAUUGCUGAAGAAGAUAAGAAUACGAGUGAAGAGGUUUCUGAAACAGCUGAAGACAAAGCUGGAGCACAGGAGGUCACCAUGACAGAGGAUGAUGAAGAAGACAGAGCAAGUGAUGAAGGAGAGACUCCUGUCACUAUGGGAGAUGACAAUGUGGAUGCCGCCAAUGAUGAUGAUGAUGAGAAUAGGAGUAAAGAGCUAGUCGAAACAGCAGAAGAAAAAGCAGAAGAGACCCUCAUGACGGCCACAAAUGAGGAUGAAUCUGAGAAAGAAGCGGAAGAAGAAAAUAAGACUCCUGUCACGAGUGGAGAUGAGAAUGAGGAUGCCACCACUGAUGAUGAGGUUGUCGCAGAAGAUGAGAAGACGAGUGAAGAGAUUGCUGAAACAGCUGAAGAUGAAGCAACGACAGUCCCAAGUGAGGAUGAAUCCAACAAGGAGGAAGAAGUCCCUGGUAAUGAGAAGACUCCUGUCACCAGUGGAGAUGAGAAUGAGGAUGCUGCCACUGAUGAUGAGGUUGCCGCAGAAGAUGAGAAUAUGAGUAAAGAGAUAGUCGAAACAGCAGAAGAAGAAGAAGCAGAAGAGACCUUCAUGAUGGCCACAAAUGAGGAUGAAUCUGAGAAAGAAGAGGAAGAAAAAAAGAAGACUCCUGUCACUAGUGGAGAUGAGAAUGAUGAUGAGGUUGCAGCAGAAGAUGAGAAGACAGCUGAAGAGAUUGCUGAAACAGCUGAAGAUGAAGCCAUGACAGUCCCAAGUGAGGAUGAAUCCAACAAGGAGGAAGUCCCUGGUAUUGAGAAGACUCCUGUAAACAGUGGAGAUGAGAACAAAGAAGCUGUAGAUGAGAUGGAAGAAGACAAUAAGGAUGAGAAUGUAGAAGAAGGGCAAACUUUACCCGAGGAAGAUGAAGAAUUUGAUGACAGCGGGAAUGAAGAGAAGUCAGGCAAUGAGGGAACAACAGCGGAACAAACAGAUGAGGACGAAAAGGAGCCUGCUGGCGUAUGUGGUACUGAUUUUGAUUCUCAUGCUCCCGCAGCUGGAGAUGAACAUAUGGCUGAGAAUGAGGCUGAAUGCACUAAUGAGGGGGCAGCAGAUGAGACAGAGCUCAAGGAUGAAGAGGAUGCUGCAACAAUUACAAAAGACUCUCAGGAGGAAGAUCGUGAAGAGGAACCUGCUGAAAACAAGGAAUCAGUGGCGACCUGUGAUGAAGAAGAGGAUGUAGGAACAAAAGUGGCUGAAGAUCCAGGUGGCAUCCCACAGGGCGAUGAGGAGGAUGAGGUGACCAAUGAUGAUGGCCAAGAUAAUGUAGAAAAUGACGACAACGUAACAAACAGGGACACUUUUGAAGUAUCUGAAAAAGAUGACGUGUCCGCUAACCAGGGGGAGUCGGCCGACGGCGAAGACAAGGCAGAAUCUGAUGAUGCCGACGAAGAGGUGAAAAGAAGUAAGGACUUGAUCCCCAACAAGGCAGACAAUCAGGAGCCGGAUCAGGCCAGGGAACCUACUACCUUAGUGGUAAACAACAGUUUGCUUAAAGUAAGCGCCGAGUCUGAGGACGGCGUCUACGCAGAUGGAGAAGACUCGGACACGGAAACCUUAAAGUCAGACAACAAGUGAUGUGGACAAGGACUGGAUGCAGUAUUCUAGGACUGGAUGCAGUAUUCUAGGAUUAGAUGCAAUAUUCUAGGACUGGAUGCAGUAUUUGAGGAUUAGAUGCAAUAUGCUAGGACUGGAUGCAAAAUUCUAGGACUGGAUGCAGUAUUCUAAGACUAGAUGCAAUUUUCUAUGACUGGAUGCUGUAUUAAAGGACUAGUGCAGCAUUUUGGGACUGUAUGCUAUUCUUGGAGUGGAUGCAGUAUUCUGGGACUGGAUGUAGUAUUCUGGGACUGGAUGAUGUAUUCAAGGACUGGAUGAUGUAUUCUAGGACUGGAUGCAGUAUUUUGGGACUGGCUGCAAUAUUCUGGGACUGAAUGAAAUAUUCUGGGACUGGAUGAUGUAUUCUAGGACUGGAUGCAGUGUUUUGGGACUGGCUGCAAUAUUCAGGGACUGAAUUAAGUAUUCUAGGUGUGGAUGUAUCAUUCUCAGGGCACUUCUACAGAUGCUGAAAGACAUUGAAAGAAUGUACGAGUAUCACUACCACGACCUCCAUGACUCGGCAGCUCUGGGACAUAACCACCUUGAAAACUGGAAAGAAAACUUGAAUCCACUUGUGUACUACAUGUGUACUAAUACUCACAACCUGGACCUCCCUUUAGACACACCUGCACACAAUGGCUACUAUGUUAGGUACACUGAAGAUGAACACAAUCAUGCAUUCCAUGUGAGACAACUCUUGUAUUGGAUCUCAUUAGGUGUACCUAAUAUUGUGGCCAUUACAAGUGUAUAUUUGCACAUAUACUGUACUGUAGUAUUUCCUUUUUAAAAUUAUACAUUUUGUUUUCUUUGUUGGGAUUUUUCUAGUGUUUUUUCUGUAAAAAGCCAUGAAUAAUUAUAAUUUUGAACGCUUCAAAGUACCACAGUGUGAGUAUUCAAACGUGAUGCACAUAUCAGUAGAUUAGACAAAUGUAUGCUUUCAUAACUAAAAGCUUCAUACCGUGUGGAGGCAAAUAUUACCUCAACUAAAUGUACUGCACUUUUUUUUGUCUGUGGAUUAAAAUACAAAUGCACUUUAAAUAUUCAUUUGAUUUACUUUUGUAUUAAUCAAACAUAAUUAACACUUGUUUUCUAUAUUUUUGAAUUACAUUUUUAAAUAACACUAUGAAACAUUUCCAGGGAUGCUUCGAUUAGAGUUUUAAGCUGCCAAUUUCGAUCAUCCUUGAUUUCGAUCAAUACCGAUAUCGAUACCGAUCAGACGUAUUAACUGUACAUUUGAAAAAUGUACGCUGAGCGUUAUCGACAGUGUAACAAUACCAACACAAUAUUUAAACUAGUUCCUUAUUCUCUUUUUUAAUAUACAAUUGUUAGAGCAAAACAAAAUCACUAAUACGAUAAAAUAGAAAAUAAAGUAUCAACC